GUAAUCAUAUAACAUGUAUGCAGUUAUUGGAUUAAUUCACUGAUGCUAUUUUUUUUGCAUAAUAAUGUAAAUUCUAUAACCUGUAUAAAAGACUAUUUUUAUGGUUGUACAUGUACUUCAUAAAUUUUCUUUAAAUAGAGUGCACAAGGUCGUCCACUUAAAAAUAUUGGUGAACAUUUCAGUAAACAAAAUUCAAGUAUAAAUUUAUAAAUAUAGCGGUUACGGUUACAGUUGGAAAUGAUUUUAACUUCCGCGAUGCAUGAAAAAGAAAUUAAACGGAUUUAUUUCUAUAUGGAGCAGAAAUCAUAAUUGGAUAAUUAUAUCUGGAUGAAAAUGAAUCAGAUAAGACGAAUGUUCCUUUUACUUAUCAUGUUAACAAUAUUAAACGAAAACCAUGCAAUGCCUUGUACGUACAGUAGAAAUAGAAAACAUAAGCUGAUUGCACAUUGUGAAAAUCAAGGAUUUACUUCUGUGCCAGGGAAUCUAAGUCGAGAUAUAAGUGAGCUAAUUCUUUCCAAUAACUCGAUACGCAUGCUGCAAAACGAUUCAUUCCUCCAUUAUACGAAAAUGGAAAUCUUGAUUUUGAAUAAGAAUCGUAUAUCUGAAAUCAAGGAGGAUGCCUUUGUUGGACUACAUUUGCUUAAAGUUUUGAAGGUAAAUGAUAAUUUGAUUACCAUUACAACCCUGAAAAAGGGAGUUUUCAGACAUCUUAGUAAUCUAAUGGAUCUAGAUAUAAGUCGCAAUAAGAAGUCAUUAUUUGAAAACACUGCGUUUGUUUACCCUGAUGAUGCAUUUUCUACAUUGAGAUCCUUGCAAAAUCUUUCGAUAGAUUUAUUCAUGUUCCCUGAAUUUGGAGCAGGAUUCAGUUCUCUUAAAAACCUUACUGUUUUGAAAUUUUCUCAAUGUUAUUUGAGAAAUAGUAGUCGUUUUCGGCUAUCUAAUUCAACAUUCGAACACUUUUCGGCAAACCUGAAAGAACUCUAUAUCAGCGGCUGUCGUAAUUUUUUUCUACUGGAAUAUGGACUAUUGGAAUACUUUCCUCACUUAAAGAUUUUAGAUCUUUCCGAAUCAUACGUGCACCUAUAUCAAGCACUGCGUAUUCUACAUCCGUUUCAGAAUAAGAACAUGUCUGUUAUAAACUUUCACCACAUAAGCGAUAAGUCAAUCAAUGAAGAUGAUUUUCCAUACUCUGUUGUAUUAACAGCAGAAUUAAUGACAUAUUUAAGAACUAUCUGCAUUGAAGCAUUAGACCUGUCAAAAACUGGAAUCGUAGAUUACCAGCAUAAUUCUUUGUUAUCGUUCGAGCAUCCAGAAUGUUUCAAAACAUUCAUCAUAUCGGCUAACAGAUUACCUGCAACGACUGCGAAGCAUUCAUUACAACUUUAUUCUUUUUUAAUGAAAGCAAUUAACAUUAAAGUUUAUGAUUUGUCAUACAUGACUAUAGAUUAUGCUGAUCCUGUCUUUAUCAACGUAUACGACACCGAAUCUUUUUAUCAUUUACCAGAAAGUUCGAAUUUUUUUCACAUAUCUCCACGUUGGAACAUAAACUACUCGCUUCCAUCAUCUAUAGAGUUUCUUAGAUUCACUCAUAUACAAAGCACCCCUUCUUCAGCAUCUGUAACUUGCAAAAACACAUCUCUUAAAUAUCUAGAUGUAUCAUAUGGUGUUUACAAACGUUAUCCAAAAUUGUCAGAGGACUGUUUAAAUCAGCUGGAAUAUUUGGACAUUUCAGGAAUUUCAGUAGCAAUCAUCACUUUUCCAUCAAUGCUCUUACCUAAACUCGUUGUGCUAAAAAUGACAAAUGCAAGAAUAGACCAAAUUGUACGUAAAGGUAGAGAAUGGAUGUCUUUUAGAGCCCCUGCGUUGAGAGAAGUAGACAUCUCAUUUAAUUAUAUUUGGACUUUGGAGGAAACAACUUUCUUCGAACAGCCACAUAUAACGCAUUUAAAUAUGUCCAACAAUUUAUUCAGGACCAUUCCUAAUUUUGUAACCAAGCUUCAAAAGUUGAAAUCGUUGGAUCUCUCCAAUAAUUUAAUUACUUCUAUUGACGACAACAUAAGGAUUUGGUUGAAUAAAAUGACCCGUUCACAUCCUAUCUUAUAUUUGGAUAACAAUGCUUUUGUUUGCUCGUGUGAUACUCUGGAUUUUCUUCUGUGGUUUGACAAUACAAACGUAACAUUUUAUAACGGAGAUAACUAUACCUGUACUUUCUCAAAAAACAAGCAAAUCUUAUUAAAGGAGGUAGCAAAGAAUACCAAUAAAUACUUCGCAGACUGCAAAGCAACUUUAUGGCUUCAUGUUGGUAUAAUAUUAGUUGCUAGUGCCUUCGGUAUUUUUGUACCUCUUUCUCUUCUCUAUAACUAUAGAUGGAAUAUUAUUCUCUACAUGUAUAGGAAAGUCCGACGAGUUGUUGAGAAAAAUUUGCAUGAAAAUUAUAUAUAUGACGCAUAUGUUUCUUAUGAAGAAAGAAGCGUAUUGUGGAUACAGAAGUUUCUCCUUCCAAAAAUUGAAGAAGAAUGGGGACUUAAAGUUUGUUUACAUGAUCGAGAUCUACUUCCUGGAGAUAUUACUGCAGAUUCAAAAGCAGAAUCAAUACAGCAGAGUAGACAUAUCGUCUUCAUAAUUACUGAACAUUUUACCGAGGGGAAGUGGGGAAGAUUCGAAAUAGAUAGAGCAAAAUAUGAAAAAUAUACUACAAACCUUAGAAAAAUAAUUGUCAUUUUACAAAAUAUUCAAAUCGAAGAUAUUCCAGACGAAAUUGUGAAUAUUUCAAAUGACGUAUGCUUCAUUGAAAUGGCUUUGGAAGAAAACGAAAUUAGCAACAGUACAGAUGAUCAACGUGAUUGGCUUAAGUUAAAGGCUUUGCUGUAUCUAAAUUAGAAAACAUGAAUGUUUGAAGAAGACAAAUUUUAAAAUCAUAAAUUGUAUAAAAAGAAUUCAAAAAAAUAUAUUUCGGUAAUGAAAAUCACAUUUUGAAAGGACGUCCGACUCAAAAAGACAAAACAACAACGGAGUUACAACUCAUUAAACCGGAUAAGUAAAUUUGAAAAAACACGAAUCCAACAAACACUGGAGGUGAAAUCAAGUGAUUUGAAAGUUUAAGUAGUGUUUGCUAUACGUUGCACUUGGAUGGCGAGUUGUCUCAUUGGUACUCAUACCACAUCUUCUUAUAUAUAUAGGUACAUUAUUUAAAUGUGGUCCUUAAAUAACAUCGUUAUGAAAUUUUGAUUUUAUAGACGGACCGACGUCUACUAUAUUUUGAUAAAGAUUAUGAAAAAGACUAUUAAAUGACUCUUUAUCGUUAUGACAUGUUCUGUAGUUUUCGUAAUAUCUAUGUUUCAAAUGUAUUUUACGGGCUGAAUCGGUUUUGAUUCAUUUUGUUAUCAUAGUUUUGUUUUGUGGCAUAGAGUUAAAGAAUAAAAGUAAGUAAACUGCUGUAAUUCCCCCUCAUAACACAUUUUGACCUAGACACCAUUAUAAGUAUAUUUUUAGAAUUCAAGUGUCUGUGAUUUUGUUAUGGUAAGUAGAGUCUCAUAUGUCAAAUGAAAAGACAAGAAGUAAAUAACACUUAAGAUA